AUGAACGAGGAAACUGAAACUAUGACGACGACGACGACGAAGAAUCAAAGAAAAGGGGAAGAAGAAGAAGAAGACGGAAGAAAUAUGCUCGCAUCCUCUCGAGCGUUUCCAGCGCCAGAUUUCCUGAACGUCCUUUCCAGACGCGAUUUAUUCGACGAUGUCGGUUGGUCCAACCAAGUGCCGAUUAAUGCGCUCACGGCAUCUGGUCAGGAGGUUUGGCCCAUCGGGUACGCGGAUGUGUUCGGGAAACAGAAAAAGAAGAACAAAACGGGGAGAGUACGACGACCGGACGUGUUUCUCUCGAGUAAAAACGGCAAAUUUGACAAAAUAACAUUGUACGAGCACGUGGCGUCAGACGACGGGAGAACGUUCGCGCCGUUCUUUUUCCGACGGAACCACGUCACGCAUCCGUUUUCCGGAUUGAAACCACCGAAAGCGAAGUGCGUUUCGCAAAAUAAAGAGACGAAGGAGAUAUUUGGAUUCUUCGUCGUGGAAGGGACUAUUUUGGCGAGGAGCCGGUACGACGAGGCGAGCGGCGGGUUCGUCGGGAGGAAAGAGAUACACGUGACUGGGAUACGAGGGAAUUGGAAGGAGAUUGAGAACGUGGUGUGCGUGCCCGGGAGGACAGAUUUUGUGUAUUUAUUGGUGAAUGAUUACAGGAAGGUGAAAGGGAGAGAGUUUGAUCGAGAGCGAGCUAGAAUCUUGUGGAAGUACGAGGCGCCGAGGUACGAUCCCACGGACGGCGGUGGGGCACGCAACGAGGAGACGAAUAGUAAUAGAGGUAGUGUUAGUAGCAGUGGUAGCAGUAGAGAUAGCAGCAGCAGCGAUAAUGAUAAUAAUAGCGACGCAGAUAACAACAACAAAGGAGACAUUGAAACUUCAAUUUGGAAAUUGGAGGUUGGCGAAGCCGAAGACGCAAAGGACAGCGCGCGAGCGAAGAAAGCGAAAAUGCCGCCGCCGUCCGCUUCGAGCGAUGACGAAAUCGAUCGGUUACCGAUUGUUUCUGCUUUUGGAUUAGAAGAUGGAAGUAUACUUCUCGGCCACUCGGGUGGUGAAAUUACGAUGUAUAGGAAGAAUCCGAAAAGUACCAGCGAAGGUAACGAGAAUGAGGAUGAUUUCAUCGCGCACGAGCGCGUUUUAACCGCUCCCGGGAACGCGCCGUUGAAUGCACAUCCUACGCCAAACGCGGUGCCGAUGCCGUAUCCGUACGCGAGUGACCACGACGAUGACAACAAUAAUAACGAUGCAAACGAUGGUAGCAAGAAGAUGAGGAUGACUUCGUCGUCCGUAAUGCCGUUCGAUCUCCUCGUCGGCGGCGUUGGAAGUUUGUACCAUUACAAACGGUACGUCGCUUCUACUCCUUAUUCUCGCAUCAAAAAAUCCGCAGCCUCUGGGUUGAGCACAGAAGCCACGAAUACUAAAAUGGUUUUCUAUCCACCGCGCGUUUGUGGAGAAGAAGAUGCGGAUACGUUUGUUGCCUCUUUAGGUACUAUAUCUCUCGUUGAUCUCGAUAACGACGGUCGUGAAGAUAUAGUUUCUGGCAGCGCAGAAGGCGUCUUGUACGCGCUUAAAAAUGUUGGCACGAAUGCGCAACCGUCGUACAUGCCUCCGAGCGCGAUUGAGACGGAAUCUGAAAUACUGAGACUCGUUCCAGACGGUAGUAACAAAAUAUCUUUGCAUGGACCGCGUGAGUCUCGAUUUGGUUACACCACCGUCGCGACUUUCGAUUGGAACCAGGACGGUAAAUUUGACAUUCUCGUGAAUGAUUUUUCCGGAGAGAUGUCACUCUUGGAAAACGUCGGUAAACCGUCGGCGAUGAAAUUUGACGCGUUGAAGAAACUCUACCGAGAAAUGGAAAGCGGUAAAAGAGAGGUUUUCAAAACAGAAUGGCAAGUGAAACCGUUCGUCGGCACGAUUGGGAAGAAAAUCAUCGUCGUCGCGCCGUGUCCAGACACGAGCAUUUUGCUCGUUUUUGAAAAAAUAGGCGACGCGUUGGUGAAGAAAAUUGGCGCGUUGAAAAUGAACGACGAAAAGGAAACGCGCAUUUCCACGCACACGUUACGCGGUGGGGCGAGAGGACGUCUAUCGAUCGAUAUCGUUGAUUUCGAUGGGGACGAUGUUUUGGACGUUUUGAUUACGGCGCCGAAACACGCGAGCGUUCCGGAUCCAGAGCACGGUUUGCCUCUACACGUCGGGCAUUAUCAAGCCGCGCUUCUGUUUCUGAAAGGUUCAUCCGAUAUUAAAGGAGAUACCGAGAGUGAUAUAAACACUGUGCGUUUCAACUUUCCGGAGAUUGUCGAGUACAAAGGUGAGCCGAUGUACGUGGGCAAAUUGCAAGGUUCGGUCGUGGCGACGAGCGUCAUUGGAACUUCGUUAUCGGAAACGUCUAGUUCUCUACCUAAUCUGAUGGUCGUGUGCGACGCCGGGCGCGUGUAUUGGUACGAUCGCAAAGACCUGUCGACGCGUUCCAUCAAAUCGUUCGUUCAGGCGACUUCAUCGAAAAAGAGCAAUAGCAGUAACGAUAAGAAAAAGAAUAAGCCGGCGUCCCGAGAACUCGAACGGGGCUGGGCUGUUCAAUUUUUAUCCGGCACGGCUUCGCCGCAGUGUAAAGCGUUUGACGGCGGACUCGUCGACUUCUCCGCGCUCGCCUUUGAUGCCGCGACGUAUACUGGUAGUGGUAGUGGUAGUGAUGGUUCUUUCGGAGAUAGAAAUACUGCGACCGCAUCUACAUUCUCGACGGUUUUACUCUUGCUUAUCCUUUUCGCGUGCGUCGUCAUCGCCGGCGUCGGCUGGUCGCGAUUCUGGUUUUGGGCGCGAGGUCAAGUCGCUGCAAGAUUUAACGUCAGUUUAGGAAGAACCGAACGCCGCGAGGUGUAA